AAGUUUUGUUCAUUCACUAGAGGGCGACCAUCAAAUCAAUCGCACAUCCCGCGAGCUUUGCAGAUCUCUCGUUGUUUGUUUACAACCUAGGAACUUCCUGCUUGCUAUUAGCUUUGUUCGUAGUAAGCUAACUCGGUGAUUAGCUAGCUAGCUACACUUUACAAGUCAGCUUACAAGAUGGGAUGUGACGGUGGCACGAUUCCUAAAAGACAUGAGUUGGUGAAAGCCCCCAAAAAAGUCGAGAAGGUUGAUAAAAAUGCAGAGUUGGCUGCCCAGUGGAAAUACUGUGCCUUGAGUCAGGAGAAACUCAGACGCCCCAUUGUUGCCUGUGAACUGGGAAGGCUCUUUAACAAAGAUGCUAUCAUUGAAUAUCUUCUGGAUAAGACUGCUGAGAGACCCAAUACUCAGACUGUAGCUCACAUCCGUGGGAUCAAGGAUAUAAAGGAACUGAACUUGACUGAUAACCCUGAGUGGGAGGGAGAGAGAAGGAAUACUAAGGGAGACCGAUAUGAGGACUUCAACUGCGGCAUGUUCAUUUGCCCUGUUGUUGGGUUGGAGAUGAAUGGCAAGCACAGGUUCUGUUACCUGCAGACCUGUGGCUGCGUCUUUUCUGACAGGGCCCUGAAGGAGAUCAAGACAGAUAUCUGCCACAAGUGUGGGGACGCCUUUAAAAAUGAGGAUGUCGUUGUGCUCAAUGGCACUAAGGAGGAGGUUGAGAAGCUGAGGGAGAAGAUGGAAGAGAGGCGGACCAAAGCCAAAACUAAGAAAUCAAAGAAGAGCAAAGCAGCUGAAGCUGUGUCCACACCAUCAGAAUCAAAAGAUGACACACAAGCUCCACAAGUGGAUGUAACCGAGAUCUCACUACAAAAUGGUGGUGAAAGCAGCCAGUCAGCUGUGGCCGGAUCCUCCAGCUCCUCUAAAGGCACCAAGUCUUCAACUUCCUCCGCCACCAAAAGGUCCGUCCAGGAAAUGACAGAGAAGUCGGAGGUCUUCAAAUCCCUGUUCACCAGCCACAGCUCUGCCAAGCGCACUAAAGAUCAGACAUCCAACUGGGUCACCCACACCCCGUAUCACUUCUAGUAACUGUCACUCAGAGCAAAUAUCACAUUUUUAGAUUGCUCCAGAAAUUGUGACCCAUUACUGAUAAAACCUAGUUCUACAUACCCAGCUCCAACACGCAUAUAGACCCACACAGACACACACACAUUGCCUACAUGACCUUUAAUUAUGUCACCAAUGAGUGGACUCCCAAUACGUCUCUUCAGGCCCCUGUAGCUCAGUGUUUACAUGUUGUGAACAUUUUGUUAAUGGCUCCCCAAGCUGUUCAGACUUUGUUUUGUAACCUUCCUCCCACAUGUAUUCCCUAGCAUUUCUGUGUUCUCAGUCACAGGUGCUCUGAGAAUUGAUGCUCGGGUGACUUUAUUAUCUCUGUCACUCUGCUGUCUCCUAGUGGACACAGUGUAGCUUUUCAAAGUGAUCUCUGCAUGGUUGGAAAAGUAGUGUCAGACCAAAUAUAGGGUUGAUUUCACUCACACAAAAAACUGCAAAAGAUCUACAUCUUUACAUCUACUGUGGUCAGUAAUUAUUUUUAAUUACUGACCACAGUAUGAGCUUGGCCCACAUUUCUUUAUUGUAUAAUGCAUUUAACGUGUUUAGCAGAGGACAUUCAAGUGAUUUGUAAUAAUUUCAUGGGUUAUUUUUUUUGUCUUGAAAAGUGGGUUUAAAAAUGAUGGUUAACAACAGAAAGACAGUUUAAAGCAUCUUGCUUAUUUAUUGAAGCUUCUAAAACUCAUAAAUCAACAAAAGCGCACAAAGCAUAAGACAAACAUAAGUAGCUGUAGUGUAACAGGACAGGAGGAAACAUACUUUUAGCUCAGUGAUCUUCCUCAUUUCUGAGCAUCACAAGCUUCAAUAUUUUCCAAAGUGCUUCCAACUGUGUGUAGCCUAAUGUAGUAAAAUUGAAAAAAAAAUACGUCCUUCAUAUUUGCAAUUCAAGUAAUUUCUUUUUCUUUUUUCGCAUAUAACAAGCAAAAGCCCAAAUAAAUUUCUAUUCAAUCCUG